UCUUGGACUUGGGAAUUUGAUGGGAAUAAAAGGGUUAGAUAAGGUAGGAAUGGGGUUAGAAACUAGCAGCGAAGAGUCGGAUGAAUCAUUUAUAUUGAAACGUAAAUAUUCAGUCACGGCGAAAAACAGUAAAAAAAGUAAGGGAGUUGAGGCGACAUGGGGAUCUAAGAAUGGGAUAUCAUUGGAGAAAGGGAUUGAUAAGAUUUUUUGUGAAAAAACGUCGUGUUUUAGGGGAGAAAAUGGAUUUAAUAGUGUAAAUAUGGAUAUGUCAGAAAAAAGGGGAUUAGUAGGGGGAUCUGAUGCAAAAACGGCAUCUGAGAUUUAUCAGAAGCUUUCGCAAUUGGAGCAUAUUUUAAAGCGUCCUGAUACUUAUAUAGGGAGUGUUGAAUCUACGCUUCAACAAAUGUGGGUUUAUGAUGAUAAUACGAAUUGUAUGAAAUAUGUUCAGGUUUCUAUUGUGCCUGGUUUAUAUAAAAUAUUUGAUGAAAUUCUUGUUAAUGCUGCUGAUAAUAAGAUACGAGAUCCUAGUAUGGAUACUAUAAAGGUGGAAUUUAGUAGGGAAAAGGGUAUUAUAUCUGUUUAUAAUAAUGGUCGCGGAAUACCUAUAGAAAUUCAUGAUAAAGAAAAAAUAUGGAUUCCAGAACUUAUUUUUGGUCAUCUUUUGACAUCUAGUAAUUUUAAUGAUGAACAAAAAAAGGUAACAGGAGGUCGUAAUGGGUACGGAGCUAAGCUCUGUAACAUAUUUUCGACUGAGUUUAUCGUUGAAACUGCUGAUAAGACGAUGAAAAAAAUCUAUAAGCAGGUUUUUUCUAAUAAUAUGACGAAAAAGGAUGCACCUGUAAUCAAGGAAAAUAAAAAGAAUGAAGAAUAUACAAGGAUUACUUUUAAACCAGAUCUUGAAAAAUUUGGAAUGAAUGAGAUUGAUUCAGAUCUCGAAUCUGUCUUUAAAAGGCGUGUUUAUGAUUUAGCAGGUUGUGUUAAAAAUGUAAAGGUGUUUCUUAAUGGAGAGAGAAUUAAGAUUAGAUCGUUUAAACAGUAUAUAGAAAUGUAUCUGAAUUCUAAUGGUUCUGAGGAUAAUAUGAAGUCACCAAUUAUCCAUGAUAUUGUAAAUGAUAGAUGGGAGGUUGCUUUUACUGUUAGUGAUGGUCAGUUUAAUCAGGUUAGUUUUGUUAACAGUAUAGCAACAACUCGUGGAGGAACUCAUGUUAAUUAUAUUGUUGAUCAAAUUGUUUCUAAAUUGAUUGAGGCUGUAAAAAAGAAAAAUAAAAGCGCGCCUAUUAAGCCAUUUCAGAUUAAAAAUCAUAUUUGGAUUUUUAUUAAUUGUCUUAUUGAAAAUCCUGCUUUUGAUUCACAAACGAAGGAAACAUUAACACUAAAGCAAGGUUCAUUUGGUUCAAAAUGUCUUCUUAGUGAUGAUUUUAUUAAAAAGAUACUAAAAACAUCAAUUAUGGAAAGCAUUUUAGAUACUGCUCAAAAAAAGGCUGAUCAAUUAAUGAAGAAAACUGAUGGAUCAAAAAAAAUACGAAUUAUUGGUCUACCUAAAUUGGAAGAUGCUAAUAAAGCAGGGACUAAAGAAGGCCAUAAGUGUACACUUAUUUUAACUGAAGGUGAUUCUGCUAAGUCUUUGGCCAUGUCUGGUAUUGGUGUAGUUGGUCGCGAUUAUUUUGGUGUUUAUCCACUUAGGGGAAAAUUAUUAAAUGUUCGUGAGGCAUCGCAUGAACAAAUUACUAAAAAUGCUGAAAUCAAUGCUAUAAAACAAAUUAUGGGUCUUCAACAUAAAAAAGUAUACACGUCUACUUCCGAUUUACGUUAUGGACAUUUAAUGAUCAUGACUGAUCAAGAUCAUGAUGGAAGUCAUAUUAAGGGUUUAAUUAUUAAUUAUUUGGAAAGUUCGUUUCCAUCUUUGUUAGAAAUACCCGGGUUUUUGAUUGAAUUUAUUACUCCAAUUGUAAAAGCGACAAAAGGCUCUCAGGAAAAGACAUUUUUCACGAUUCCUGAAUAUGAGUAUUGGAAAGAAUCGACAGAUAAUGCUAAAGGGUGGAAAAUAAAGUAUUAUAAAGGCUUGGGGACAAGUUAUGGUAAUGAUGUUAAGAAAUAUUUUUCAGAUUUAGACACACAUUUAAAAGAGUUUCAUUCUAUUCAAGAGGGAGAUAAAGAAUUGAUUGAUAUGGCUUUUUCGAAAAAGAAGGCUGAUGAACGAAAAGAAUGGUUGAGGCAUUUUAAACCAGGAACUUAUAUGGAUCAUACUUUGGAUAAAAUACCGAUAUCCGAUUUUAUCAAUAAAGAGCUUAUCUUGUUCAGUAUGGCGGAUAAUAUUCGAUCAAUUCCUUCUGUCAUUGAUGGCUUAAAGCCUGGACAAAGGAAAGUCAUAUAUGGAUGUUUUAAAAGGAAAUUGAAAAGUGAAAUUAAGGUUGCUCAAUUAUCCGGUUAUAUUUCAGAGCAUACUGCAUAUCAUCAUGGGGAACAAAGUCUUACACAAACAAUAAUAGGAUUGGCACAAACAUUUGUCGGAAGUAAUAAUAUUAAUCUUAUGAAACCUAAUGGACAGUUUGGUACUCGUUUGCAAGGAGGAAAGGAUGCCGCAUCUCCUCGUUAUAUUUUCACUGAAUUGUCUCCAUUGACACGGAAAAUAUUUAUAGAAUCGGAUGAUGCUUUAUUAGAUUAUCUUAAUGAUGAUGGUCAAUCUAUAGAGCCUGUUUGGUAUGUUCCUAUAAUACCGUUGAUUCUUGUAAACGGAAGCGAAGGAAUUGGGACAGGAUGGAGUUCUUACAUACCCAAUUUUAAUCCUAUUGAUUUGGUUGAUAAUAUUCGUAGAAUGAUGAAUGGAGAAGAAUUACAGCCAAUGCAUCCAUGGUAUCGUGGGUUUAACGGACUUAUUGAAAAGCAUGGUGAUAAGUAUAAAAUAUCUGGAUGUAUACGCCAAAUAGAUGAUACCACUGUUGAAAUUACAGAACUUCCUAUAAGACUUUGGACUCAGGAUAUGAAAGAAUUUUUAGAAUCGUCUAUCGUAGGAUCAGACAAGAUACUUCCUUUUAUAAAGGAUUAUUCAGAAUAUCAUACAGAUACUGUAGUUCAUUUUGUCAUAAAGUUAACUGAAAAAGGGAUGGCAGAAUCUUUGGCUCAAGGUCUUGAAGAGAAAUUUAAAUUGACAAAGAUUCAAAAUAUGACAAAUAUGGUUGCUUUUGAUGCUUUAGGACGUAUAAAAAAAUAUGAUUCUGUAGAAGAAAUUCUUUUGGAAUUUUAUACUGUUCGUUUGCAAUUUUAUCAAAAGAGAAAGGAGUAUCUUGUGAAUGAAUUGGAAAAACAAUAUAAUAAAUUGUCUAAUCAAUUGCGAUUUGUUCAAAUGGUUAUAAAUAAAGAGCAAGAGUUUUUGAAUAAAAAGCGUAAAGAUCUUCUCGAGGAUUUAAAGUUGAAGGGUUUUGUUCCUUUUCCAAAAAGCAGGCAAAAUUUUGUUGAUAAUACUGCUGAAACUACUUCUGAUACGAUGGAGAAUGAUGAUGAUAUUUCUGGCUAUGAUUAUUUAUUAGGCAUGCCUUUGUGGUCUUUAACUGCAGAAAAAGUGGAGAAAUUGCUUAAAGAUAAAUUAGAUAAAGAAAAUGAGCUGGAUUCUCUUUUAAAAUUAACGGCUAAAGAUUUGUGGAAUAAAGAUUUAGAUAUUUUUGUUGAAGAAUGGGAAGAAAGUUUGAAGCAUGAUGAAAAUCUUACCUCUAAAACUACAAAUUCAAAAAAAAAUAGAGGAUCUCAGAAAUUGGGAACGGGUGUACAUAAAUCAUUAGGAAAAAAAGCCACGAAUAUUCAAACAUUAUCUAAUGUUGAUAAUAAACAAACUACCAAGAAAAAUUUGGUUUCUGCAAAGCAAACAACAUUGCCAUUUACUGCAAUAAAUAUAAAAGAAACAGAACCUGAUCCUUCAAAAACAUCUGGAAAUUCUAGCACUAAAUCUACUGUAUCUGAAUCGGUGAUUGCUAUGAAAAAUGAUAAUGCUAAUAUACAAACACAUGAGACUGCAGGGAAAAGACCUAGGACAAGCGUUAUUGUGCCUUCCUUAAAGGGGAAUUUAUUGGAUGAUAGUGACACUGAUUAUAUGGAUGACCUGGUAAAAAAGUAUACUUUGGAUCCUCCGGAUAAUAAGGGUACUACUUCGUAUAUAAAGUCUGUAUCUUCUAGUCCCAAAAAAAUGAGAAUUAUACCAUCUACAAAGUCGAAGACUCGGAUUAAAAUGCCAACACUCUUAGAUUCAAGUCCUGAAUCUGCUACAUUAGCAGCAAAGCCUGUUGUAAAGACGAAUAAAAAGUUAAAAAAGAAUAUAUCUAAAAAUCUUGAUUCAGAUGAUUCAUCGGAGGCUGAUGUAGCAGUUAAGAGUGAAAUAAUGCAACGUCCAAGGCGUCAAGUAGCUGCUUCUGCCCGUGAGCGUGUUGUAGCUAUUGCUGAUUUAGAAGAUGAUGAUGUAACGUCAGAUAAAUCAUCUUCAUCAAGCGAGUUUAACGAUUCAUCUUCAUAGUCGGGUAUUCAUAAAUAUUAAUAUGAUCCAAUUUUGAAUUAUAA